UCAACACGAUCAUUAUUGUCUAUCAUUGCGCUCGACGGACACAUGACUUCACUAACAUGUCGGAUGCCGUUCUCUUCUUCCCACUGAUGACGGUCUAACGUCUUACCAAUUUUACCCUCCACAGACAAUGUCAUUGAGCUUUGUGACGAAUUCGAGCAUCAGGGGCAUCUCCUCCCUCAACCCCAAAUUCUUCCACGUGAACCUCUUCAGCUGCCGGAACCUCGACCUCCGGUGGCUCACCAUCUCCGCCCCUGGCGACAGCCCCAACACCGACGGCAUCCACGUGGGCGGCUCCUCCAACAUCGCCAUCUCCGACUCCGCCAUCUCCACAGGUGACGACUGCAUCUCACUCGGGUCGGGUACGGCAAACGUGACGGUAUCCGGAGUCACGUGCGGUCCUGGCCAUGGUAUCAGUGUUGGUAGCCUUGGGAAAGACGCCGAUAAAGGCGAUGUGGUAGGGUUGACCGUUAAGAAUUGUACGUUGACCGGGACGAGCAACGGGAUAAGGAUAAAGUCGUGGAAGACGAAGAGGGGCAGUAGGUUUUGGGAGAUGAUGAAGGUCGAGGAUUUCUUGUUUGAGAACGUGGCGAUGAAGAAUGUGGCGAAUCCGAUAUUUAUUGAUCAGGAGUAUUGUCCCUAUGCUGCUUGUCCUGAAUCGGAGCCAUCUAGGGUUAAGAUUAAUGGGGUCAAGUUUAGGAACAUAAGGGGCACAUCUUCAUCAGACGAGGUGAUCAAAAUGGUGUGUAGCAGGAGAUACCCGUGUGAAGGGGUGGAGCUCAGGGAUAUUUAUUUGCGAUAUAUUGGCGACGAUGCGCAGUUGAAGGAAAGAGCCACUUGUAAGAACGUCAAGGGGACUUCGAGUAACGUGAAGCCGGUCUCUUGCUUUUGA